CCUCUUUCCCCAACUAUUUUCCCAAUUUUUUUUUUCUUUCUUUUCUUUUCUUACUUUUUCUCAUACUUUCUUGGCUUUUUUUUUCCCUCUUUCUUUAUCGAUCUUUUUAUUGAAUUCUAAAUAACAACUCUAUUAUCAUGUCUCAAUCACCCAUGUCAAUCACACAACUUUGUAAUAACGACAAUGACGAACUACAUACAACUGAUAUCAAUGAUCCCGAAGUACGAUUAGCUGCUGAGGCUUUGGAUGAUUUAGCAAACUCAAAAAGUAAUCAUUCUACAAAGAUUCCACCUAUUUUACUUCCACCUAUAUCUACCAUGUCAGCUCCUUCUACUACACCAAGUUCUCCAGCAGUAGCUACACCUUCUGGAUCCAUACAAUCAGCUCGACAAUCUUUUUCAAGUGAUACUACUGAAGAGAACGACUUGCGUUUAUUACGACCAUCAAAUGAAUCACAACAUUUUAUGCGACGUGUAUCCAAUCAUCCUUUUGUACAUUCUGCCUUAAGAGCAUAUGAAUCUUCUAAAGCAUCUAGUCCUGUUGUCAAAUAUGGUGCUGAAAUGAUGGAAUCCAUUGCUUCUCCUAUCUAUGAUAAGUUUGGAAGACAACAUACCGAUAUGACUAGUUUUUAUCCUAACGAUGAAGAUCCUACUGUUGCUGCUACAAAUGCUUUGGCCAAUGCUUCUUUAAAUGAUCAUCAACAUCAAGAUACUACUACUCAUAGGCGUACUAAACAUUCUCGGGAUGAUUCCUUACAUCUGAAGAAAUCAUCCUCUCGAUCUACAUCUAGAUCCACUUCUCCUCAUCGACCUUAUACCCUUUCUGCCAAAUCUCCUAACACUAUUCAUCAUCAUCAUCAUCGUCCUGCAACUGCUGCCUCUCGUAGUCGAUGGAAACAACUUGUGGUACAUGCUGGCUCAGCAGCGGGAACAACGGCGGCUAUCAUUAGUGAAGAAAGCAUGAAAUGUUUAAAGUAUUGUUUGUAUUGGUUACAGUAUGCAACACAACAUAUUGAACAACAAAUGCAUUUAUUACGAAAUGUUCUUGUGUCCAUGGCCACUGGAUCCAAGACAUCUAGUACAGCAGUCAGUACAGGCAGUCAUAAUAGUACACUAGCAUCGAUCAAGAAAGAAGUGAUAGAGACUUUACGAAAAGUGGUGGAAGUCAUUACCAAGUAUGCAGGUACCGGGUUACCAGAACAAGCCAAAGCAAGUGUACGAUCCUUUAUUCUUGCUCUUCCUAGUCGUUGGGCCUUAUUGAACAAUAAUUCUUCUUCUUCACCUGCUGCAUCCCCAUCCCUCGCUCCUUCUUCACCUUCUUUACAAGAAACUUCCGUCAAGUUAUUAAACUUUGGUAGUGAAUCAGUGGAAAUGUUACAAUCUGUCUCGACCGUGUUUUCUGAUACUGUGGAUCGUGCUGAUCUUUGGUUGGAUCGUUUACAUGCUGUAGGUGUCACGCGACGUUCAACAACUCGACAAAAAUCCGAUGAUCCUAUGGAAACAACAAACUGAUUAUUGUAUUUACCCCCCUUUGUAUCUAGUUCCAUAUCAUGCUUUUCUACUGUAUUAUUAUUAUCAUCAUCAUCAUCAAUAAAAACAAACUUGACACAAUA